UAACCAACAAUAACAACCGUUUCUUUUUUUAUCGAGAAGAUUCUGACGAAACGCAGAUGUAAACAUAAACAAUGUAGUUUUCGUGAUAGUUUUCGGGUUGUUUUUGAAGAACGAGGUGAAAUAUUAGAAGAAGAAAGAGACAAUGGCAAAAUGGAUACCGAUGCUACUGUCACUGUUCCUGCCUCUAGCUAGCCAAAAUAGCGUCCAACAGCACCCCAGCUGCAAAUUUCACCUUAGUUUUCUUCAGGGACAACAAAUGACGUGUUCUAACGCGAACAUGAAUUUUUUCCACAUUUUCGACAUACCCUUAAACCGAACUCAUUGGUUUAAGUGCGCCAAUUGCUCACUGGAUGUACUAGAUGAAACCACCUUUAAUUUCCCGAAAAGGAACAACAUUUCCGUUCUGGAAUUACCGAAUUCGGGUGUGAGGGUGAUAAGGAAAUUCGCUUUUCAAAAGUUUUUCUUGAUUAAGAGUCUAAUACUGCACAAUAACAGCAUCCAAACGAUGGAAAAUAUGUGCUUUAACGGUAUCAAACGUUUGACUCAAUUGGAUUUGAGCAGUAAUUAUAUAAAAAUUUUAGCGAACAAUUUGUUUCUUGAUUUAGAAAAUUUGGAUAUACUAAAUUUGAAUAACAAUCGAAUUGUUUAUAUAAAUUCAGAAGCCUUUUCAGGGUUAUCUAACCUCAAAUACUUAUAUUUAAACGGGAAUAAUUUAGAUAAACUAGAUGAUAAUGUAUUCAAACAUUUGAUUCAUUUAAAAAUUUUGUAUUUAGAACACAAUAGAAUAAACAACAUUCAUCCACAUGCUUUCAACAAUUUGGUAAAUUUGAAUUUCUUGUAUUUAAGCCAUAACAGUAUUAGUUAUUUGGUACAAUAUAAUUUUAAGCAUUUGACUAGUCUAGUAGAUUUACAUUUAAGGUACAAUAACUUAACAGAAAUCCAAACGAGUUCUUUUAACGGUUUAAAAAAUGUCAGAUCGUUGCAUUUAGGCAACAAUUAUAUAACCGUUAUAAAACCGUACGGUUUUGUAGGUUUAAACAACCUUGAAGUAUUAGAUUUAAUAAACAAUCGAUUUGAAACUGUAAACUAUUUUGAUUACUUUGGUAACAUGCAAAAUUUAAAAUAUUUAUGGUUGAACAACAACUCAAUUAACAGUAUAAACUUCGUUUAUAAAUUCGAUAUACAAAAUUCUCUAUCGAUAAUCGAUAUUAGCGAUAAUAACCUUACUAGUAUCGAUUAUGAAUCGAUGCUAUCAAACUUGCCAAAUAUCAAAGAGAUUUUUGUUGCAAAUAAUUCCUGGGAAUGCGAUUUCUUUGAUAGAAUGUACAACUAUUUACAAAACAACAACGUAACUGUUUGUAUUAAUAAUAAAUGUGAAGAUAAAGAUGGCGACACUUACGCAGACAUUGAUUGUAUUAGAGCUGUCACUGAUGUGGCUUUCAAUGUGACGGAAGACGUGAGUACGGAUUUUUCGAUGGAUUGCUGUCAAAAAAAUACGCAUUUCGAAAUUUUAUCGGUAUGUCUGAUUGCAGUAUUACUAGGUUUUAUUUAAAUUAUAAGGAAUGAAUCAAUGAAAAUCGUGUUAUUUUUACUAAUUACUAGUAAUUUGAAAAUGUUGGUUUUAAAAGCAAGAUGCGUUUGACUACCUAUUGACCAUGUUUGAUCACCCACCAGUGUCGGCUAGUGCAUUAGCACACAGGUGGGACAGACUAAUGUAUCACGCAAGUGCUCAGACGGGGACGAAACAUUUUUGGGUGACACGACCAAAUUUUGACUAUGUCGUUAAAAUAUUAGACAAAAACUUAAGAAUUCUAAUGAUUUUCAAAUUAUGAUAUCAUAAGUAUUAUGUUAUGUUGUUGGGAAUUGGGUGUUAAUACACUGCUACCUAAAAUAUCUAUUGUGUCCCCUUCUGUCGCUAAUGCACCA